AUGCUCAAUCUUAUGGAAAAUCAUCAAGUGGGCAUCAAAGAGCAGAUUGUAACCGAGCGGAUGCGGAUGGUUCGUGGAGCAACAUUCUUGAGUUCCAUAACCACAAUGCUCGAGGAGAAAACUCUUCAGCCAGUACAGGACAAGAGCGAUUUUAAUGAAAAUGGCGAGCACACUCCAUUUGGCUUGUUCGAACAUGGAGAUAUUGAAGACGAUUAUGUCUAUUAA